UAAUGGACUAUCGUUUUUUAUCUUCAAGGCAUGGAACAAAGAGGACUCAAACCCUGCUGGGAGGCACGGUGCUGGUUUGUCUUCCUGCUAGUUUGGGGUGUUUUUUGGAGUGAUGCUUUGGCACAAAUUAGAUAUUCUUUAAAUGAGGAGGUUCAGGAAGGAACCGUCGUCGGGAAUAUAGCGAAGGAUUUAGGACUAGAUAAAAACGCGCUGAAAAACAGAGGAUAUCGCAUUGUGACAGGAUCAUCCGAGCCAUUCUUUCAAGUGAACGACAAUGAUGGCAGUCUGUAUUUGAAACGAAGAAUAGACAGAGAGGAGGUGUGUGAACGAACCAGUCCCUGCUUGAUCAACCUGAAAACAGCAUUAGAAAACCCGCUAGAAAUUCACUACGUGGUGGUGGAAAUAAUUGAUAUAAAUGACCAUUCACCCGUAUUUCCAGAAAAAGAGAAACGCCUUGAAAUAUCUGAGUCGGCUUUACCGGGAGCGAGAUUUCAACUACAAGCUGCGCGUGAUCCAGAUGUCGGCCAGUUUUCGAUCCAGCACUAUAAACUCAGCACUAAUGAAUAUUUUAGAGUGGAAGUCAAAGAUCGCGGUGAGGACCGUAAAGUACCAUUUUUAAUUCUGAUAAAGCAACUAGACAGAGAGACAGCUGGCAAACAUAAAUUGCGUCUAACAGCAACUGAUGGGGGGAAGCCAGUGAAAUCUGGUGACAUAGAAAUUAUUGUAGAUGUACUUGAUAUUAACGACAACUCCCCCGUGUUCACCAAAGACUUAUAUUCUACAACGCUUAAAGAAAACGUUCCUGCGGGCACUGUAGCGAUUCAAGUAAAUGCAACUGAUUUGGACCAGGGUGCAAACGGUGAGAUCGUGUACGCAUUUGGUGACGAAGUAGAUUCAAAACUAAAGGAGCUGUUUAGUAUAGAUGAAAACACUGGCGAAAUUAAAGUAAUAGGUGAGAUUGAUUUUGAGAGAAGCGCAACAUAUGAACUUGAUAUUCAGGCAUCUGAUAGGGGCCAAGUGCCUCUAACAACCGACAAAAGUGUUAUAAUAAAAGUUAUUGAUGUCAAUGACAAUCCACCUGAGAUAGAAGUGACUUCAUUCUCCAGUUCUAUCAAAGAAGAUUCAAAAACAGGAACAACAGUAGCACUCAUUAGUGUCAGUGAUUUAGACUCUGGAACAAAUGCAAAAGUCAUCUGCGCAAUUAAACAGGAUGUUCCUUUUACAUUAUCUCCAUCAUUACAAGAAAACAUGUAUGCAUUAGUAACAACGUCACUAUUAGACAGAGAGAAGUGCUUCCAAUAUGAAGUGACAGUUAUUGCAAAAGAUACAGGUGAUCCUUCUUAUUCAACAGAAAAGACAAUAAGCGUCGUCGUAUCAGACGUAAAUGACAACAGUCCGGAAUUUGGGUUAAGUCCGUAUACAUUUUACAUUGCCGAGAAUAACAAACCGGGAACCAUGGUAUUUUCGGUGAAAGCAAUUGACCUCGAUGAUAGUGAAAACUCCGUUAUUUCAUACCACAUUCUGAGAGAUAACAAUGACAGUAGUAAAUUCUCCUCGUUCCUGAACAUAAACUCUGAAAAUGGGGAAAUAUCAGCGCUGAAAAGAUUCGACUUUGAGACUCUGAAAACCUUUCAGUUUCAAGUUGUAGCCACAGACUCUGGAACUCCACCACUCAGCAACAACGUGACAGUCAAUGUGUUCAUUCUGGAUCAGAACGACAACGCUCCAGUCAUCCUGUAUCCACUCAGCUCCAACGGCUCUGCUGAAGGUGUGGAGGAGAUUCCCCGCAAUGUCAACGCAGGACACCUGGUGACUAAAGUCAGAGCCUAUGACGCUGAUAUAGGAUAUAAUGGCUGGCUGUUGUUCUCACUGCAGGAAGUCACUGACCACAGUCUCUUUGGUUUGGACCGCUACACAGGACAGAUCAGGACACUUCGUUCAUUCACAGAGACAGACGAGGCUGAACAUAAACUGGUCAUCCUGGUCAAAGACAAUGGGAAUGUUUCACUGUCAGCAACAGCCACUGUGAUUGUCAAACUUGUGGAGCCUAAAGAAGCUUUUGCAGCGUCUGAUGUGAAAAGUGCAGUAACACAUGACGACAAUGACAAUGUGACUUUUUACCUGAUGAUCACUUUGGGCUCCGUUUCUGUACUUUUUCUGGUCAGUAUCAUCGUUCUGAUUGCAAUGCAGUGCUCCAAAUCAACGGAUUAUACAUCAAAAUAUUUACAAGAAACCAAUUAUGAUGGGACACUGUGUCACAGCAUUCAGUACAGAUCUGGAGAUAAACGAUACAUGUUAGUAGGGCCAAGAAUGAGUAUUGGAUCUACAAUAGUUCCUGGAAGUCAUGCAAACACAUUGGUACUACCUGACAGAAGACGAACAUCUGAGGAGGUAAGACAAAAAAGAAACUAA